CCACGCAUAAGUCGGGGAAUGCCGCCCUCUCAAAAGCCAUUUUGGCCCUCUCUUCUGCCAAUGACUUCUCCAACUCUGCAAUUCGCCCAUCUGCUUCUUCUUUGUCCUUAAUCGCCUGGUCACGUAGAUCUUCGUGAAAGAAAUAUGCAGAGUUGAAAAUGGACCUGAAUAGAACAGAGAGGCAUCUUCUGAAGGAGAUGGGUUUCAUCUGCCAUGACAAACAUCCUCAUAAAUUUAUAUCAAACUACCUUGCAGCCCUUGAGACACCCCCAGAACUGAGACAAGAAGCUUGGAAUCUUGCAAAUGACAGUUUGCGUACGACUUUGUGUGUGCGGUUCAAGAGUGAGGUUGUGGCCUGUGGGGUUGUAUAUGCUGCUGCUCGUAGAUUCCAAGUACCCCUUCCUGAGAAUCCACCGUGGUGGAAAGCAUUUGAUGCAGAUAAAUCUGGGAUUUAUGAGGAAGGUUCGCUAAGUGUCCCGCCUGCAAAUAAUGAUACCAGUACUCCCAAAGCAGCUCCAGCCACAGCUAAUCUGGAAUCUGGUGGGUCCAAGGGUGCACUGAUAAAAGCAGCACUUGACAAGUUGAAAGAGUCUAAGAAGAGUGGUGAUGAUUCUGAAAGCGUGCCUGUUGAGGCAGAGGCAAAAGAAGAACCUGUAUCCAAAUUGAAAUCUGAGCGUAAGAUGGACGCAAGUGGGGAAAGGAACAAGGAGAGGGAUUGGGAUAGGGAGAGGGACAGGGACAGGGAAAGGGAGAAGGAGAGAGACAGGGACAGGGAAAGGGAGAAGGAUAGACUAAUGGUGUGUUUGGUUGAAGGAUUUGGGAAGAGAUUUGGAAAGGGAAAGGGAAAAGAUGUGUGAAACUAGGUGAAAUUUAGGCAUGUUUUAUUCAUAUUUCACCUAUUUUUUCCAUUUUCCUUUCCAAAUCCCUCCUCAAAUCCCUCAACCAAACACAAUAUAAGGGUACGGGACCGUGAUAGGGGAAGGGAUUCUGACAGGGAACGAGAGCGAGAGGACAUUGAAAGGGAAAGAGAGAAAGUCAAGGACAGAGGUCACCGUUCUAAGGACAAAGGAAAGGAUUCAGGAGGGCAUUCAGAUAAAUCGAAGCAUUAUUCAUCUCAAGCUUCUGCCAAUAUUUCUUCUGCAAAUAGUGAAUACCAUGGCUCGUCUUAUUCAAGGGACAAGGAUCGUCACAGACAUCAUUAAUAUUCUUGAAAUCCGAUUUCAAGGUGUGCCUGUAUACCAUUUCAAGUUUUAGCUCCCCAAAAUACUGUAGUUGUGUAUAACCUUGGUUUGAUUGAGCUGUUAGUCUGCUAAAUGGGAACUUGAAUGGUGUGAAAAAUCUAAAGAUUGAUUAGUGAUC